AUUUAGGGAAGCUGGAACCUCGAAUGAAACGUCGCAGUGUCGCUUUUCAGCGGCUCGUCCAUGGACACUCGGCAGAAUUGAGGGACGCGUGAGCCGUCGGGACGUCGAGCAGCCGUCAGACCCUCCCGUGUCAGCUCUUCUUCUCUCCCCAGCUGCGGUGUGACCCCUCGCGUAUUUCAUGACGGUUGCUGACGGUGACACCUCAGCGCUCAUCAUGCCUGUCCGAGCCGAGUGCUGCAGUACCACCGGCUCGGCCUGCACAUCCUCGGCCUCUCUUGUUCCUCCGGUCCCGAUCAACACCUACCAGCCGGGAGUGGCCACGUCGCUGCUGUACAGCGGCUCACAGUUUCGGGGAUACCAGAAGAGUAAAGGCAACGCGUACGACGUAGAGGUGGUUUUGCAGCAUGUGACUGUGGAGGACUCCUAUUUGUGUGGAUACCUGAAGAUUAAAGGCCUGACUGAGGAGUAUCCCACUCUGACAACUUUCUUUGCUGGCGAAAUAAUCAGCCGGAAAAGACCUUUUUUAACAAGAAAGUGGGAUGCAGAUGAGGAUGUGGACAGAAAGCACUGGGGGAAAUUUCAGCCUUUUUACAAAUAUGCCAAAAACUUCAACUCUGAUGACUUUGACUAUGAAGCACUAGACAACAGCGAUUACAUCUUCAUGAGGUGGAAGGAGCAGUUUCUUGUUCCAGACCACACUAUCAAAGACAUCAGUGGCGCCUCUUUUGCAGGCUUCUAUUACAUCUGUUUUCAGAAGUCCACAGCCACAAUCGAGGGAUACUAUUAUCAUAGGAGCUCUGAAUGGUACCAGUCUCUAACCCUAAACCAUGUUCCAGAGCACAGUAUGCCUAUUUAUGAAUUUCGAUGACGCAAACACAGAGGAGUGUUGUGUGAAGUAAAGAACAGUUCAUACUGUCCUGUGGUCGUUUGUGACAGGAACAACCGAGAUGCCAAAAAUGAAGGGGGGGUGACCUGCUUUCCUCCCAGUGGAUAAUAAGCGCAGUCGGUCACUCUUCUGGUGGUCUCAAGGAAGAGUUGAAAGCAAGAUUAGUCGUGGAUGGAAAAUUCUUGUGUGUUUGGUGUGGAACUGAAGCUUGCCUCAGAUCUUGUUUUUAAUUUGGAUUUGAUUUUUUUUCUCUUUUUUUGGCAUGUGUUUAUUUUAGUCUUGUGCAUCUUAUUAUUUGCACCAUCAUAGGAGCUUUUUCCAUGUAGAACAACAAAAUAGGUUCCUGUAUAAACGUGGAAACUUAAACAUAAUUGCCUUUUAAUUAAGUUCCAAAAAGCAAUGGAGAUGAUUUUUUUUUUUUUUUUAAAGAUAGAGUAUCUUUUGCAAUUUCACUUUGGAGAAGUGUACUGUGAUGGUCAAGCUCUCGCUAAAAGGUUGUUCAAGGAGCAAAGAUGAGCAGUUAUCUGCUUUUUAUGCAAGGUCUGUGGAAGACACGUGGAAGCCAAGAGAUGAUGUGGCUUGUUGGUCAGGGAUGAACUGAACCGGAGUUUACAGUGACGUUGACCUCAUCAGGGUCAUUAAAUUAUCAGUCAAUUAAAGGCUGUUGCUUUCCCAACUGUCCUUUUAAACUUAUCUCAACAGCUAUAAAGUAAUAUCUGUAAAUAGGUUUACGGCUAAUCAAGUCUAUGCAAGCAAAAGCCAGCAAACAAAUGGGCCUUCCCCACACAUAAUUUAUUUUAUAUUUUCAUAUGAUGUUUUAUUUAUUUAUUUUAUUUAAAAUAGAAAUCGCUUCUAUUAAUGACCUUUUUGUUAAUGCCAAAUUAAAAUUAUGAAAUAAUAAGAAGGUUGAGUUAAUUACAGUAUUUAUGCUUAGAUCUGUGACCGCUUAUUUCUACUUACGAUUAGCUGGAACAUAGGCUUGUCAAAAAUUGGGCUCUUAAUACGGGGAAGACUAAAAGACUAAUGCUUACACAGUGUAUGGCAUUUGAGUGGCAGGAAAAAAUACAUUUGUAAUGUAAUCAUACAAAUGUCAGUGUUCACACAGCCUGCAGGUAAAAUGUUUGUUUACUUCAGUUUUAUUUUGUGCCAUUAUUAAUGAAUAUGGCUGUAUUGGGUUAUUUCCUACCAAUAAAAACUCAAAUCGGCCAUAACAACAUGCAGAACCGUGCUCACCUGCAGUGUUACUGUUAGACAUUAGCAAAAGCACCUUGUGUGUCUCAUGUAGUUAAGUAGGAAACACUGAUGCUUUUUGACAUAUCUGCUGCCUUACACAUUCAGAUGUUUAUGAAUGCCAAUUUUUAAUGAAAGAAAAGUAAUUGUUAAUAUUUUUAUUUGAAAGAAAUCAUGAAAGUGUGCUUCUGUGUUGGAGGAAAAUAAAAGCAAAAGUGUGAAUGUGAGCGCUCUCAUGGAAGGUGCAUCAUAUAUUCCACCUGCCUCUUGUUUUGUGUAGGAUUUUAUUGGUUGAAAUGCUGAUUGCACUAUAAUUUUAAGACAAGUAUAUGGCUGUCUUUUAAAAAUGGUUAGCUCUUUUCAAAUUGCAUAAUGAAGGCAACGCAAUGCACAACAUGAGAGAAAUGCUUAGACCUUUUCUAUUGAGCUGCGAUGUGAAACCGUAUUUGUACAGAAGCUGGAUGAAUAAACUGGGUGAGGUAAAAUAAAGAGAAAUUAAUUAUA